CAUUCAAUCAUUCCUUGUGUUCUGUGCUAACUUGUCAAGCGGCGGCGUUGUUCUGCGUUGCCGAAAUUACUUAAAAUUCCUGAAAAUGGGGGUUCCUACAGAAAUACAAGCUGAAGCUAUUUCUUUAGUACAUCAGUUUUUACAAAAUAUUGACAAACCUCUUGCGCAAGAAUUUUUAAAGAAGACAAAAGCGAAACCGCGUGUCAAGGGCCUGCCGUCACUCACAGACAUUAUACAGGUGUACAACAAGCAGAAAACUCCCCAAAAAGCUGCUGCUGAAAGUUCCGAUGAGGACUCCAGCGAAGAUGAGAAAAAACCUGCACCACAAGUUAACGGUAAAAGUCAAGCUGCCAAGAAAAAACAAGAAUCAUCUGAUGACAGUUCUGAAGAUGAAAAACCUAAAACACAGGUUAAACCGAAAAUUGCGGCCGCACCAGUGAAAAAGGCAGAAUCAUCAUCAGAUGACAGUGACAGUGAUGAUAAUGCUACUGCUCAGCCAAAAAAGCAACCAGUGAAACCAACCAAUGCUGCACCUAAAGUUGUCAAAAAGCAAGAGUCUUCUGAUGAUGACAGUAGUGAUGAUGAACCUAAAAAGCCAGUAAACAGAGUGCCAACUCCAGCUGCUAAAGCAACCCCAGCUAAGAAAAAAGAGUCAUCUUCUGAUGACGACAGCAGUGAAGAUGAGAAACCUAAACCUCAAGUGAAGACACCAGCAAAGGCAGCACCACUUCCUAAAGUAGCAGCUAAAAAGGCAGAAUCCUCAUCAGAUGAUGACAGUAGUGAGGAUGAGAAACCUAAGCCAGUGGCUAAGGCAGCUCCAGUAAAACCCCAGGCUAAGGCUACUCCGGCUAAGAAACAGGAAUCCUCUUCUGAUGACAGUGAUGAUAGUGAAGAAGACAAACCUGCACCCAAAAAACCAGCCCCCGCACCUGCUAAAGCAACCCCAGCUAAAGCAACCCCAGCUAAAGCAGCACCAGCUAAAAAGAAGGAAUCAUCUUCUGAGGACUCUGAUGAUAGUAGUGAUGAAGAUGCUAAACCUCAGAAUAAGGCCUCAAAAGCACAGGCAACACCUGCAAAGCCUAAAGCCGCUCCAACUAAAAAACAAGAGUCUUCAGAUGACAGUAGUGAUGAGGACCAAAUAGUGCCACAAAAAGCACUGCAGAAACCUCAGCCAACUCCUGUGAAGCCAGCCACUAAAGCUUCAGCUAAAAAGGAAUCUUCAUCUGAUAGUGAUGACAGCAGUGAAGAUGAAAAGCCUAAGACUGUUCAAAAAACUCCAGCCAAAGCACCAGCUAAAGCACCUGCGAAAAAAGCGUCAUCGUCAGAUGAUAGUGAUGACAGUGAUGAUGAGCCAUCCAAACCUGCUCCAAAGACUCCAGUCAGUGCUACUAAACCAAAGCCGGUUGCUAAAAAACAAGAGUCAUCAGAUGAUGAUUCCAGUGAUGAUGAAGCUCCUGCACAAAAACCUACUCCUGCUAAGAAAGCAGCAUCUUCUGAUGACAGUGAUGAAAGCGAUGAAGAUGAAGCCCCACCAGCUAAAGUAGCAAAGAAAGAAAACCAGGCUGAAAAUGGAUUCCAAGGUGGUAAGAAGAGGAAAGCUUCCGAAGGUGAUGCAGGUGUACCAGCAAAGAAGCCAUACAAUAACUUUGUAAAAGGUACGGUUAGUGUGUCUACUCCCAAUGAAAAAGAUUCUCGCACGAGUAAACCUUCUCCAUUUCGCCGAGUUGCAUCAGAUGCUAUAGAAGUGGACCCUAGACUUAAGGAUAACUCAUUCGACGCUAAGUUUGGGUCACGUGGUUCAUGGGGUGAACGUGCUAAUCAAGACUUAAAGCACACACGUGGCAAGUCAUUUAAGCAUGAGAAGACGAAGAAAAAAAGGGGCUCGUAUCGCGGCGGUGCUAUCGACACAGGAGUUCAUUCCAUCAAGUUUGAUGAUUAAUUUGGGUCACAACACUCUUACUCGUAUAUUUUGAUAGUGAACGGAAUUCGUUCGUCGCUGUUCGCCCCCCUUUUGAAAUGCGUACAAAUGUACUAUAUUUUUUGUGACUUACGUUAUCUGUAUUAAUAUUGUUAUAUUACGAAUAAUAUUUUCGAAUAAUGCUUAGGGUAAUUCAGCAUAAACUAGAUGCUUUUUUCCUAGUUUAAUUAUUAGACAAUUUGUAUUUUAACAUUCUUAGAGCAUUGAAUGUGACUUAGAAAGCAGAUUUAAGAUGUUUGAAUUAAUUGAUCAUUGCAGUCAGACAUAAUUAAUUCCUUGACUAUUUUUAUACCACCUAAUCUUCAUAAUGGACAUUAAUAAUAGUAUACAUAGGCCAAAUAAGAUGAAGAUGACUGGAUAAUUGUUGCCUGUAUCAUAAUGACCCUCAACAAUCUAGAUGCCUUAUUUGGUCUGUGGUAUUGAUAAUGAAAUCUUAAGCAAGUGUUGUUAGUCACGGAGAAGAUAGUUAAUAGAUAUGACGUAAAGCUUUUUAGUCUAAUUAUUCGUUUUCUUUAUUUCACUCAGAUAUUUUACGUGCAUUUAUUUUAUUUUUAAUUGUUUUCGUUCUUAUCUUGUUGGUUGGGGCCAAAAGCUUGUAUGAUUGUUACACAAUCCGUGAUGACAUGGAAUAAUUUGAUAAAUAGAUUUGCUUAUGUUUUUUUUUUCUAAUGUAAAUAAACGUGUAUUUUACGUACGAAACUGUGUACAUAGGGUAAUUUAAGAUAAUACUUAAUUAUAGGAUAAAAAAUACAUGUAGGCUGUACCUAAAGUAACAAUAAAUACAAUAUUGUAUUUUAA